UUACAUGAAGUAUUGCUUGGACACAAGUACAUCCUCUGACCAAGAGAAUUUGGCUUGCUCGUGGGCUCAUUGUUUUGGAAAUUGCUCGUUGAUCUGUAUAUAAACACUGGAUAGACUCGCUCGUUCCUUUUGUUCUGAACAGCGUUUAUGGUGGGAUAUUUUUCCCAAAGAAAAGACAAUCCAUUUGAAUCUGGGGAGAAAGAAGGCAUUUAGAUCCUUCAAAACAUGUUUAGUAUCUUAAAAAGACUCCUUUUCUUGCUGCUACUUGUCUUUCCCGCCGUUAUUUUUAUAACAAACGAAGGUACGUUGGCAUUUUGGCGACCAAGUCACAGACUAUAAUUAUUCAUUGUGCUCAAACUUAAAUUGUAUUCCAACUCGUCCGAUGAUGUUUUAGGCAUUUGGACUGAUUUUAUCAACACAGCGAAGCUGCAAAGGUUUCAAGUUGUACUAGUUGGAAAGAAAGUUGUGUUUGAAUGAGUGUUUUAUUCGUUCAUAUCGACUCGCCUUUGCAACACGUCAGCUUUGUGAUGUUCAUUUAUGAACGACCUUUGUAGCGAGUUGUGCUUGGCAGUGAUUACUAUUUCAUGACUGAGGACGUCUGGGUUAAGAAUUCCAUCAAUUUUAUAUCUAGUGGUAUUAUUUUGGGAAGUUAUUGGGUUAAUUCUGGCUGGUGGCUGGAUAAAAAAUAGAUACAUUUAAUAUAGGCAGUAGAUACUAGAUAGUUACAAUGUAAUACAUUGCAAAGGAGUUUGUAUAUAUAUUGGUCAACUUGUAACUUUUGUAGAGCAUAGUAGGUAGGAGGGUUUAAAUUUUUCACAGAGCAGUUGAAUGCAGCUACCAUCCAGAUUGGAAUGUUUGGAAAUUGUGCACCCAAAAUUUCAAUAGUAGAUCUGUAGAAAGAAUCGAUACUGAUAACAUAAUACAAUACCAAUAUAAAUACUGUGCUGAGUGGUUUAUAUUACCACCUUAAAAAAUAAGCAGAGACUCGACGUUUUGAGUGAAGGCCCUUCGUCAAGAGUUAGUAGCCAACAUUAGUAGUUGACGAAGGGCCUCCGCUCAAAACGUCGAGUUUCUGCUUAUUUUUUAAGGUAGUAAUAUAACCACUCGCCACAGCAUUUUCACAUUGGUACUACCCACACUGGUGCAGACAGUUUUAGUAUACCAAUAUAAAUACCCAUUAUUCAAUGUUGAAAUUUUCGAUAUAUUGGAAAAUCGAUAUUUUUCGUUAUUGAUAUCACGUUUACGUUUGUAUAUGUAAACGUGAUAUCAAGCUUUUUCGAACGCUGUCAGUUGGAGUUAUUUCAGAAGGACAAAGACGAUCAAUGUGCUAACUUUGUGCUAAAUCUUUUCUGGAACGACCCAAUAGUUUAAAGAUAAGGAAUUUCUGUUAAAAUUUCAUUGACAUCUCAGGUUUGUUAGGUGUAGCGGCAGAAGAAGAUGAGAUAAUUGAUGAUGAUGGAGUUGAGGACCUUGAUGCGGAAGGCGAUGCCGAUAUCUCGGACGAGGAUGAAGAUGGGAAAGUGGAGUCUGAAGAUGAACUAGGAGAGGAGCCUGAUGGUCCACAAAGCACAGACGCCGACACUGUAAGCGAUUUACACUUUGUGAACUUAUGGACGCUAAACUCCAGGAGGCAGCUACUGAAUGCAUUAUUUGUCUAAAAAUCAUAUCAGAUGCAACCAUGAUGGUUGAAAGUGGUGUUGAGUAGAACUUCUCAUUUCCCAUAGAAAAGUUAGCAUGUUAUUGCACUUAAAUAACCUUUUUGUGAAGUUCACAACAACAAUUUUUUAACCUGAAAGUUAAAAAAUUAUACUAGUAAAAAUGUCUGGCAUAGAACAGUCAUACAAUUAAUUAACCAAGGAAUUCUAAUUAACUCAUUAGGCUGGUGAGCAAGACGUGACGGAAGAGGAAGAACCUGAGAUCCCAACCCUGACAGCAUCACCAGAUGCUGAAACAACCAUAUUGUUCACCAGUCAUCCUGAACAAGGUAUAUUUUAGAUAUAAGUACAAAAGUUUGGAAUACCCCCCCCGUAACUAUGAAGUGUGGUUUGAAAGAGACAACUACCGGAAAAAUACAAGCGGAACUUCAAUGUUUCGAGAGAAGGCCCUUUGUCUCAAAACUUGCAUCCUCUGUACUCUUAGGGGUGACAUCAAUAUUCUAUAGGCUCUGAACAUUGUACACAUUGCAUUUUUCCAUUUUAGAAAUUGCUGCAGGAAGUAUUGUAGAUUGUCUCGUAGGAUUUACAAACAAUGGUAAAGCAGAUUUCGUCAUCGAAGCACUGGAUGCUUCACUACGAUAUCCACAAGAUUAUUCCUAUUUUAUUCAAAAUGUAAGUUUGUCUUUGAAGCCCAUAAUGUUAGCGAAGUCCACCAAUAUUGUCUGUUUACGUGUUCUUACUGUAUUUUUGAUAAUUUAGUUCACCGCAAGGUCGCUAAAUAGGCUUGUAAAACCUGGAGAGCAAGCAACCUUUGACUAUGCAUUCAAACCUCAUGAAAACCUUGGAGGACGACCAUUUGGAAUUGUUGUAGCGCUCUAUUACAAGGAUGCUGAAGGCAAGGACUGGCUGGACUCGGUCUUCAACGAAACUGUCACAUUCAAAGAACAGGAUGAAGGGUUUGAUGGUGAAACCUUUUUCCUUUAUGUCUUUGUGGCCGCAAUGGCAAUUCUUAUCAUCAUGGGAGCACAAUAUAUUCUCUCGUCAAUUGGAGUAAGUAUAUUGAGCCUUAUAAUUCCAUGCCGCUGUGGUUUGUGUCUGCGCCGCACACUUUAAAACAUAAAAGUUGUAACAAACCUGCAGCAGAUUUGUAGCAAUGCUGUUCCAACAACUUGUCAACAGGAUGUGUUCGCACUGCUUGUUCCCAAGUUGUUACAAGUUGUUCCAACAACUUGUUCCAACAACUUGUUAUCGUCCUGCAAUUCAACAAUUUGUCAACAAGUUGUGAGUGACAACCUUGUAAUAACUUGGUAAAAUAACAGCAUCGUUACAACUUGUUGACAAGCUUGCUACAAGCCUGUUGCGAACACAUCUUGUUGACAAGUUGCAAGAUUUUUAUGUGUGUUACUUGAGUCUGAAAUCUUGCAUAAAGUGUAAUGACAGAGGAUGGUCAUAUGUAAGUUCUUGCAAUUAACAUUUUGAUGUUUUUGAUAUCUGUUUAGAAGAAGAAGCCAGGGAAGCCUUACGUUGAGAUGGGAACGCAACAGAAAUCUGAUGUCGAUAUUGAUUGGCUGCCUAAAGAAACCACAACUGAAUUUGGUACGACUCUUGACUUGUGGAAACUAGGGGCACAGAAUACUACACAGAAGUCCAUCUCUAUUGUUUUGUUGCAUAAGCGCUAUUCGUCACUCGGCAAGUACCGUAAACAGAAGCAGUCCCCUCCUAGAAAUACUCAAAAUGGUGCACAUCCAGGGGGGUGACUGCUUCUGUUUACAGUACUUGCUGAGUGAUGAAUCUUCUGUGUAGUAUUCUGUGCUAUGGGGUUUGGUAAAAUCAAACUGAAACAUAUUUUUUUUGAGAAUGUGACUAAGCCUAAAUUAUCAUGAGAUGACUGCAUAUUGUAGGAAUGAAGCCGGGUCACACAUCAUUUAACAACAUCCCCAACUAAUCCAUUCAUUUAUCUCUAGGUAAAAAUUCCCCUCGUCGCUCACCACGUAAUCGACGACAGAAAAGAAACCCAGGCGCUGGCGAAGACUAAAUGUACACGUUGUUGGAGAAUUCAAGGCUUUCACAUGCUGCUAGAACAAUCUGACCAUGAAACCUUGAUACUGGGAGAAUUAGAAUUUACAAGAAAUGGAUUUCAUCCCCGUCCGUGUGGUGUUUAUAAAUAAAUUUUCACGCGCACACGAAAAUUAGAUUCUUUUGCAAGGGAUUAACUUAUGAAUUUUAACAAUCUUUUUUGCUGGCAAAUUUUACUUUUUUCACAGUAUACUGUAGAUUUUACAUGUGAAUGCAGAGUGUUUUAGAAUAUUUACAGGUUUUUGGC